GGUGUAUUGUACGGUGGUGCCACUUUUGCGACGUAGCGGCAAAUAUGCGAGGCAUAUGAAAGGGCAAAUACGCUCGUUUAUUCCCGCUGCCUCUCCUGCGCGCGCGCGAUGAUCAGUCGACACAUACGAACUACCGGCGAAGUUUGAAAGGAGACAGCACAAUUGGCGCCGGUACGAGAGUGACGAGGAUAGCUAUGCGGUCGAGAAAUCGGUGCGGGUGGAAGGGACGACCGAGUGAGCGACGAGGACGGACGUCACGAGUUGGACGAGUUAAGACACACGUCACGACACGCUGGUGGGAGACAGCUAUGUUCUUUGCGGUGAAUACAGAUGAAAGGGUAGUAGAGGGAGGCGGAAAGAGAUAGAACGCGAGCGGGAGAAAGAGAAAGACGAGUGACUGAGUGAGAGAGAGAGAGAGAGAGAGAGAGAGAGAGAGAAGUAUUGCCAGGCGGCGCGCACGGCAUGAACGUCCAGUGGCAUGUCUCAAACACUCGGCAUGCUCGUAGCUGUGACGCGAGGUGGUAGAUCGUCGGAAACGAGAAAAUUGUCCGUGUACGAAACGUGAAAAUAUGGGAUAUAUCGUGCGCAGAGAACGAGAAGUUAUUCCUAGACUGUGAAGGUACGAAAGGUAAGAGACUCGUCUCUGUUUCACCGAUCCGACCGGGAGAUUGUAACAGCGGACAGUUCGCGGUAUCAUUCUCGCCGUCGUCGUCGUCGAUCGCGAGUGCCAAGUCAAAUGGGAACGCGAGAGUACGACUUAUAGGAGGGAAAGAAAAAGGAGAAAGAAAACGGUAAAAGAGAGAGAGAGAGAGAGAGAAAGAGAGAGAGAGAGGGAGAUUCCUCUCUCAUGCGCGUCGAGAGGCGAGAGCGAGGGCAGCGUCGAGUUCCCACAUUCCUGCGUGCGAAAAACGUCAAGAUCCGCUGCUCGGCAUUAGCAUUACAGCGGUGGCUAAUGCAAGGAGGAAAAGAGAACACGGUGAAACGUGGUUUGCCGCUGGUAUACAGUGGUAUACGGAGCCGGCGCUGAACGCGCUGAAAGCGCUGAACGCCCGUCGCUCGAAACGGGUCGCGGGCCGUUCCGCCUCCGCCACCGUCUUCUUCAUCGUCGCCGUCGUCGUCGUCGCCGUCGCCGCCGCUACCACCGCUACCGCCACCGACCACAGAAUACAGACAGCCGCAGACCCGCAGUCGCAGUCACGACGUCGCUAUAGUAUUCGCCGUCGGAGAGCGGCCGUCGAGCCUUUUGUGAAUCCCCGCGUCAAUCAGGUUAUCGAACGAUUACGAUUGUCGAUUGUUGAUUACCGGUGCGUGUAGCGCACCAGUUGCUGACUCGAGCGCGUGCCGUUCAGUGCCGUUCAGUGCGAACACUGCGAAUGGCUGGACCUUGAAGGUGUCGGUGUCACUCCGAAGGGAAGGGAUAGGAGGAAGGAUACUCCAAUACUAUCCGGAGGGGUGAGAAACGUGUGACGAUACGUGUCUUCGUCGUCACGGUCAUUUCGUUUGUCAUUCGUGUGAAUGAUAACACGAGUGUCCGGAAAAUUUUGACGUAAGGUGUUCUGUUUUGUUCGUUCUCUUUAAUUUUCCUCUGUUGUGUUUAAAAGAGAGUUUCGAAGGAACGAGCGGGAAGAUCGUGCCGCAAGAUUUGAGAAUCGGGAGACUGUGCGGCGCGGCGCGAAAAAGAGAUUCGUGUGUCGCGAGUGAACGAGAGAAGAAAGUAAAUAAAUAAAUAAAUAAAUAAAUAAAUAAAUAAAUAAAUAAAUCAAAAAUAAAUAAAAAAGAAGGUGAGAUUGCUGCUGGUGAUUGGUGAUGAUGGUGGUGAUGGUACGCCAAGUGCACCUGAUCGAUGCACCCGUGCGAGAGCAAAACCACGACACUAUCGCCGUCACCGUCCCCGUCACCGUCGCUCGCCGCCUCAGGCUGCUCCUCGGCGGCUGGCUGUGUUAACGGUGGAAUUCCGCUCGAGAGGAAUCUGAAAGGCGGGGACUCUGACGUCACUCAUGAUAAUGAGGUAUUCAUGAUGGCGGAGUAGUGCGCGCGAGUCAGAGAAAAAGAGAGAGAGAGAGAGAGAGAACGCGCGUACCAUAUGCGAGUGUACGCUCCUGAUCACGCUUCUGUGUUUCCUCAGUGUGUGUUACAAUACAUUUUAUCCGUCUUCAUCGCUCUAGCGGAGCCGCCGCCGUUCGCCGUCUCGCUCGAUCCCCUCCUUCCCCUCUCCCCUUCCCCCCGUCCACCUGCCCUUCUACGGCCGGGUCGGCCGUCCUCUCGUUCCUUCUCUAUCCUUAUCCCUUCUCUUCUCUCUCCAUCUUACGCUUCGCGUCUACCUGUCCCAUUCUCUCACCAUCACGUCGCGACCGACGUCGUCGUGCCCGCGUGCCGUAUAUACGGCUGGAGAAGCGUGCGCUCGCGCCCGCGCGCACAGAUAUGCGCCCGUCGACCGCCACCGCACGACGAUAGAGAAAGAGAGAGAGAGAGGGGUUUUGGAUGGAUUUAGAGCGCAGUGAAAUAUGCCCAGGAGACGGAAUGGGGAGAUACCGCUUCCGGACGGUUGGGAUGUCGCCCAUGACUUCGACGGGAAGGUGUACUUCAUCGAUCACAACACGCGGAAGACUACGUGGAUCGAUCCACGAGAUAGAUUUACUAAACCACAGACAUUCGCGGAUUGUAUCGGGAACGAGCUUCCCCUCGGCUGGGAGGAGGCCUACGAUAAACACGUGGGCGCCUACUACAUCAAUCAUGUCAAUCAGACAACCCAACUGGAAGAUCCAAGGCAAGAAUGGCGAGCUAUUCAAGAGGCCAUGCUUCGCGACUAUAUGCAGACUGCACAUGACGUACUCGAGGCGAAGAAGGAGAUUUAUGAUGUAAAACAUCAGAGGCUCUGCCUGGCUCAGGAUGAGUACAAUCACCUCAAUAACGCCUUAACUACCCUUGGCGCAUCGCGUACAAGUUUGUGUUCCAGCUCGAGUUCCUUGAGUACCAAAUACGACCCUGACCUGCUUAAAUCAGACGUGGCACUUGCAAGGAGUCGAGUUUCUCGACUAAAACGAGAACUCGAGCAAAUUCGAGCGGAGAUGAAUUGCACGCAACGAGGAGUAGAUACUCUCGCCAGUGUGGAACAAAAAUUGAGCACCCAUCAUGGUGGAUGCUACAAUAUUAUGGAAGCGCAGGCGAUCAUGACAGAGCUUCGUAAUAUACAAAAGUCCUUAAGCUCAGGCGAGAAGGAGAAGGCUGAGCUGAUGCAAUCACUGGCACAAUUAAAAGAUGAACUGACGAGGUUGCAACUAUGCGAGGGCAGUCCGGAAGCUAGUACGCUCAGCUUGCCACAGGAGAAACUCAGCACGGCCUCUCAAACUGAUCUCUCGGGCGAGCUGGUACCGAUCGGUACUCGGCUAGCAGAGAUGGCACGUAUGAGGUUGCAAUAUGAUGAGGCAAGAAAACAGAUUCAGCAUAUACAACAACAGUUGGCGGAUCUCGAAGAAAAAGUGACGCCGGGACAAACUGAGAGCGACAAGGAUAAGCUGUUAUUAUUCCAAGAAAAGGAACAGUUAUUGAGGGAAUUACGUAGCAUCACUCCACGCACGAGAACGCAACAGGAUAUGAAGAAGAUCCAGUUGGAAAUUCGUAGGCUCGAGCAAGAUCUUAAUACUGCGUUUGAACUUUCAAAUAAAACCAUCACCGAUCGCGUACGGCUCCACGAAGAGAAGCAACUGCUGCUGCAGCAACUUAGAAAUGCGCUGCGCUCAAUGGCAAUGUUAGAGGGUCAAUUGAAAACUUUGAGCGCUAGUACAUUGUCGGUGAGCAGUAGUUCCAGUCUCGGUAGUCUCAGCACGACGAGUAGCAAAGGUUCUCUCAGUUCUGGACUUAGCUUCACGGAUAUUUACGGUGGUCCGCAGUGUUUGGGAUCGGCCAGUUUACAGCAAGAACGACCGGUCGAUAUGGUUGAUCUCCACAGACGUGUUGAAAGACUGUUGCGCGGUUCCGAACAGAGUAAUCUCGUCGGAACACCCUCACCCGGCAGAUCUCAGCCCAGUCUUUCCCCAAGAUCGAGUUUGUCCAGUGUAAGCCCGCCGGUAUCGCCGUUGUACGAAAAUGCGCCGAUGGGUCCGCCGCCUGCCUAUGAACAGGUAGAACAGCAGAGGAGGCAAUAUCAGAGAACAGCGGCACCUGCAGGGAUGACAACGACAACAAUGGCAGCGAUUAGCGGUACCACUACGUCUCACCUGGACGGGAAUCAACUAGAGGACCGUUUGUCGGAGUUCAGAUUUAGUCAGCAACAAGGAGUAGCGUUACAACAAGAACAGCCGUGCUCCAUCAAUACGCAGGAUCGUUUGAAACUCGUAGUCGGUCCCCAUCCGCCCGUCGAGCUGCAAUCGAGUAAUAUGUCCCAGGGCAGUGGCUUGGGCAGGCCUGGCGCGAGCGGCACGCAGAUGCAACUGCAACAGGUACCGCCAUCGUCCCUGCCACAGGAGCCACUCCCCUUAUCACCGAUCAGUGAAACGCCACCGCCUACUGGGAUUAGGUCGAGAGCCAGUAGUUCUGGUACUAAUACUAGAUCCGUCUCCGCCGCCGUUUCUGAUGAAAGCGUCGCAGGUGACUCGGGUGUCUUCGAGGCGUGCAACCGAAAAAGAUUGUCCGGGCCCAUAUCCGAUGUAGAUCCAUUAGCUUCUAGUGAAAUGAGUCUAGAAACCGCACAAGUGCAGAUUAAACUAAGGUAUUCAGUGAGUGACGGAUUACUUCACGUUGGCAUUGAACGAGCGAGAAAUUUAGCCGCGCUUUUCAUACCCGACAACGCGCAAGUAUACAUCAAAGCCGCACUGCUGCCGAUGCAAUUACCCAUCAAUCAUACGUGUUGCACGAAAUCCGUCGUAGACUUGCGAAAACCGACUUUCGGUGAAACGUUCCCGAUCGCCGUGCCGCUUAACAAAUUGUACACGAAAACGCUGCAAGUGACACUUUGGUGCACCGAGGCCGAGAAAUGUUUGGGUUCUGCACAAGUCUCGUUGGCAGACUUUAGUCCAGAAUCUCCUAGCGUGAAAUGGUACAAUAUACUCUCCUUCCGCUUCAUGCAUCCAUCUGAUAGUCCUGGUACCAGUACCAACGGCACCUCUAUGAGCGUCAGAUUGACGAAGCACGACAAGCAGGAAUCGGAUAUUUCGGUAUACAGGAGCGUACAGAAUACGAAAGAAGAGAGUAGUGACGAGAGUACGAUAAUCAGUUCCCAAACAUCCACCUUGACGAGGAAUCAAGACGAGUUGCAGUCAGCCGUAACGUUAAGGUUGGAAGAGCUGAAUUGUCUACGCAGUCCAGAAGAAGAGGAUGAAGAUGAUGGUAGUGAAAGUGGGAGCGAGGACAGCGACGAGGAAGGUAUCAUUGUGGAAUUUACGGUGGAGGAUAAUAUUCUAGAAGAUGUUUUGGAGCACGAGGAAGACGAAGAAUUGAACGAGGAAACGAGGCAAACGCAGGACAAGGAAACAAAUACUGAAUGCGUGUUUAUUCCGGAACAGGGCAAGCAAAGAAAACUUUCUGCGGCUGGUGUUGCACCCGGUGCUAUUCAUGACGACAAAAACUCUAUUGUGAUUAAAAGAAGUCAAACAUUCUCACCUAGCGCAGCCGUUAGCAGAAAUCAUUACAUCUGUCGGCUUAAUCGCAGCGACAGCGACAGUAGUAUGCCGCUUUAUCGCAGAGGCGGACCUUUCCAACGGAACUCGGUAGAAAGACGUUCUCUGCGAUGGCGUCGACCAUCCUCCGCCCUCAGUUACAAAACCACGAAGAAGUCGUCUCAUUUGCUGCCGACAGCCAGAACGUCUUUGGAUCUCGAAUUAGAUCUCCAGGCGCAGCAUGCUAAACUAAAUAAUCUCCAAGAUGAGCUUAGUAGGUUACGAGAAUUGAAACAACGGCUAGAACAAGCGCGUGAAAGAGGCGAUACCGACUUAGCAACAUGGCUGCUAGAAGAUCAGAAAUUUCAAAAUCUCAUAGCACAGGCCGAAAGUGGCAGGAACGGCAAGAGCCUUGAGGAUAAGAAAGUGGAGAAGAUGUUAAAGAAAACUUCAAAAGAGAUUUACAAAUUGAGGAAAACGAAAGCUGGGAAGGGAAAACCCGAUAUGAUUUCCUUCAAAGAAAAGAUUGCUUUCUUUACGCGAGUGAAUUUGAAUGUUCCUGUUCUGCCACCUGAAGAGCUCGGGGCUGAAGGUAUAUGUUCUUCGACAUCACACUCGCACAGAAAGUACGCAUCGGAGCCCGUCACUAGUGCUUUUAUAAAUUCCACGACAACGCGAUCGAACAACAUUUCCGGUGGAAGUGCAUUGCCUGUCACGAAGAGCAGCAGUGUUACGGAUCGAAGUGCCACAAAUGUUGUUGCCGUGAUUGUCAACGCAGACGAAGUCGCAUUGUCCAAUGCCGACAGUAAAUCUAUGAACGCUAAAGGUCGACCGGCGGCGGAAACCGAAGCGCGAAGUUCAGAGAACGGCGAAAGGGAGGUUUUACCGAAAUCUACUGAGAAGAAUGGCAAUGGAGAGCCGAAGAGGUAUGAAUAUGUUGUUGAUCGGGUCCUCGGUGUGGAAGUAUGAAGACCGGAAAAAAGUCGUGCAUGUUCCAGUUCUAUCACCAGCUAUCGCGCGAUGGAGCUGCAAUUCCGUUCAUAGAUAUGUUUCUCUUUAAAUUUGAAGUAGUAGCAGGACAGAAAAAGAGAAAGAGAAAUAGUGAUCGCAAAGCCGCGGUCUCCUAAUUCUGAAUCCCAGGUGCCAUGCGCAGAUUGUAAAACACGCGCAUCAAAAAGUUCGAAAGGAUAAGAUGCAUAAAGUAUUGUCGAAAUUGUAAAAAGUGCUGUAAUCGACGAUGUAAUCAAUGACCAGUGAUAACGGUGCAUGUGCCAAUGAUGGAUGUCAGAAGCAAUCCUUUAAUGAACGCAGCAGCGAGAAUUACACGCGAACGCGAACAUGAUUGUGUGUAUAUAUACAGAAACGUAAAUUAUUUAAACGAUACUCCUUACGAUAGGCUAUUUAAUUGUUUAAUCCGACUCGUCCGAGUCUACAUCGCGGAAUCGCGACUGCGACACCCUCGCAUGUCGCGUCGUUCGUUCCCUCUGUGCAUCGGAGCACAUGACCCACCGAGCAGCUGGUCUGCGACUUGAAAGUCUAACGAAAAAAGGCUGCGCCCAGGUUGGCUAGCGAAUUUUGCUUCGACUCCGCCGUUUUACAACGUUUGGUUUCCUAGUUCUGAUUUUCCGGGUUACGAAUAAAUCCAGCGAAAAUAAAUAUUCAAGUUUCCUUCGUGCGUAUCAAUUCUGACGAAACUUUCAAAUCUAAUAAAGCCAAAUUCUUCAUUAUGUUCAGAUUUUGCCAUUUUUUUUUAAAUUAGAAUUUCAUUAAACAAAAUACUCGCACAAGUUUUACUCGUUAAUUUUUCAUAGCAAAUUAACUGCAAUUUUAUUUGUAUUUUUUGUCUUAGUUAUGGAAUUUUCCAAAUUAUUAUCAAUAAUUCUCUCUUCGCUCUUUUUGGCAAAGAUGUAAAAACAGAUUGUCUUUUUCCAAUCGUUCUCGGACGAACAUAAGCCUUCAUCAUCCGGGAUUUCAGAUUGUGGUACUUUUGAGGCCAUAGGUGCCAGGAAAUUGGAAGGAUGGAGUGAUCAGCAAGAGAUCGUGAUGUCAUUUUCGGCGAUUUGUAUGUAUAGAAUGACAUCAUGAUCUUUGUCUCGAACUGUGCAAACACUCCUCUACCAGCAGAUUGUGCAACAAUGUGCCUUAUUGUUGAAUUAGUCGCGCGAGAAAAGUGCCGCUAGUAUAUACAGGGUAUCCGAUAAAGAAGAUAUCGUGAUACAAUUGACGAGAUGGUUCUUCUCUCUUUUGCAAUAAACAAGUGAAAGAUAAUUUUUCCUUAGAUUGCAUAGUUUUUUUUUAUGUAAUAUAUAUAUUUGCCAUAAUGGUACUGGCGUAAGAUGGUUAAACUACAGUUAUUUGUAAUAAACCUCGAUAAUUGUAUCACGAUUUACCAGACAAUAUGAACUCUCACGUCGUUAUGUUGCUCAUAUUAUCACACCGUAGAUACACAUGAGCAUUCAGACAGAAGUGCGACAACAAAAAAUACUCAUUUCCGCAAAUAAAUGAUAAUUUAAUGAUUCAAAUUAAUAGCUGCUUUUUAAGGUUCAAAGUAAAUAUCUACAUAUCUCAUUCAAACAUGAAUACCUAUACUUUCAAUAUUAAUAAGAUUGUAUAGGAAAUAAUAUUUUUGAACAUCAGUCACAGACACUUUAUGUUGCAUUUGUUUAGAUGAUUUUAUAACGUCAAUUUUUUUAUUUGGAAAUAAAAGAAAAGUUUAUCAUAAUAAUGGAUUUCACAAUGUAAAAGUUGUGUUACUUUAAACAAAACGUUCAUC